GGGAGGAAGACGGCCCCAUUCCUCUGAGCCUCAUGCCCCAGAACAGCACCAACAGGCGGCUUGCUCCACGCGCAGCACCGCGUACAUUUAUGGAGGUCUACGGCCACCUACUGAACCAGUUAUCUCUCACUCGGAUCUCUGCUGCUGAGCUAAGAGGAUGACUCAGGCUCAGGGCUGCUUUGUUUUCCUGGUGCUUUUUCUGACGUUUUCACCAGGAGGUGCUUUCUAUUUGUAUGUGCUGGAACGGUGCCAGUCAAGUGACGGUCAUGACGCCGUGUUACUAGAUCAGAUUUACUUCAACAAAAUGCUGGAAGGACAAUACAACAGCACUGCAGGAAAAGUGACUGGGUACACAGAAAAAGCUGAAGAAGUUGCUGUUAUUCUAAACAACAAUUCUAGGUUUCUUAAGCAUGAGAUAUGGAAAACAAACCUCUGCAAAAGGAAUGCUCCACUAGCACAAAAACUACUAACACCAGUGGAGCCCUACGUUUGGUUGAGGUUAGAGAAGGUGGAGUACAGCCAACAUCAGCAGAUGCUCAUCUGCAGCGCGUACGACUUUUAUCCAAAGCAAAUCAGGGUGACGUGGCUGAGAGACGGAACGGAGGUGACAUCUGAUGUGACAUCCACUGAUGAGCUGCCCAAUGGGAACUGGCUUUAUCAGAUCCACACCUACCUGGAGUUCACACCCAAACCUGGAGAGAAAAUCACCUGCAUGGUGGAGCAUGCGAGCCUCAAGGAACCGAAACUUUAUGACUGGGAGCCGGAGCCGGAUUCAGAGUGGAGUCAGAUUGUUGUUGGCUCAGCAGGGCUGCUGCUCGGUUUGCUGUUUUCAAUUGCUGGCUUCAUCUACUACAAGACGACAUCAAAUGGACGGGUGAUGGUGCCUACAACAGAGGAUGUAUGUCCAGAAGAAACCCUUUAGGCUGCAGAAAUGUUGAGAAGCCCCACACACAUCUAUCAACCACCGGAAACUGUUCUUAAUAUUUGAGACACUACAAGCCUUCAUAUGGCUGUAGUUUUUUUUUUUUAUUUAGCUUUGUGCACAUUUUUACAGACAAACACUAAUACUGCAGCACAUUUAUUUCAUACUGUACUAAUACACUAUUGUAAAACAGCAAUAAAUAAACCUGUUCUUUGUCGUUUUCUUCCAGUUCAUCACUGGUGAUGCAAAAACAAAGUCAUUGCAUUUCAUUUUAAAAACCUUUAUUGUCAAGAUACUGCCCAAACAAUCCACAUCACUAUCUAAUUCAAUCUUCUGACUAAUUUGAAAUCAAACUAACAAAUUACACCCCUUUUAAAAAACAACCAUGCAAACAAGAUUAAUAAUUACAAUUUACUUUAACCUUCUGUGUUUGUUUAGCUUUCUAGUAAAUGUGUAUGUGGUUAGGAAUAGGACUAGGGUUAAAUUAAAAACCACUGAGCCUGGAAUCUCAGUCCACUAACCAGCAAGUCAGUGAAGUGACUAAAACAGAGGAAAACCAACAGGAGAGAAGUGGCAGCUUUUUGUCUCCAUCUGUUAGAGAGAAAUACAAAUCUGUUUAAAACUGAAAAAUAUCCAGACAAUGCAUUCAUUAGGUGAUUAUCAAUUGUAAUGAUUAUAAUUAUAAUGUGAUUUUCAGUUUAUGCAAUUUGGGAUGUGUCACUAAUUUUCUUUUUAGAAUAUAUUUUUUAUACUUUUUUUUUUCUCAAAGUCACUACAAAUGAGUCUCACUUGUGAAAAACCCUGAUACCCUGUUGCUUCCUCAUAUUUAAUAAAGUUAAUGUUUGUUUGUUUGUGAGAACGGUGAC